AUGCAGUCGGACACAGGUAGUGGAGUCUGGGACUCUCGGUUCGCUGACACGUCAGAUGCAGCUCUCGCGUGGACGCCAGCGUCGGCCUCGACUGGCGAUUCUGAGACAGACAACAUCUUGCAAGACAUUCUAAUGAUAGUACGCAAUGAAUUACCAUACGUUCAGCCCGAGUUCCUCAAAUUUGAUAGUCGCCUGGGUAAAGGAACUAGCUUUGAGGUUAACAAGGAGCUCUUUGGCUUGACUGGCGAGCAGCCCUACUUCGUUGCUGUCAAACGCCUCUGUAUGGACCACGCGACAGGCGGCACCAAACAGACACACAAACGAAUUCAGAAAUCUUCAAAGCGUCUGAUUAACGUCAAGCGUGAAGUCCGGGUCCUCACGCACCCAAGACUGCGAUCCCAGAGCUGCCUAAUCUCAGCCAUCGCUUGGGGCUGGGAACCAGAUCUAGCUUUUGGCAACCGACCUUAUCUAGUCAUGCCUUACUCGCCGCACGGUACUCUCGCCGCUUUCUCCCAGAAAAGGAGCCUAAAUCUAAUCGACAGGCGUUUCCUGGUCCUGGAUGUUGCCAUGGGCAUCCGUGCGCUGCACGACAGCGACAUUGUGCAUGGAGACGUCAAGCCUGACAACGUCCUGGUCUAUGGCUAUUUCACGCGAGAUAAAGAUGAAGAUCGCCAUUAUCUAGCCAAACUGGCCGACUUCGGGUGUGCUCUGUUUAAACAAGACUUUGAGCAACAGCACGAAUACUACCUCGGGACGCCCAGAUAUAACGCUCCUGAAAUUUGCGGCUGGACUAAAGACACUGAUGAGGAGUCUCUGAUUGAAAAGAUCCCCGUGUUUACAAGGUACAAAGCUGCUGACUGCUAUUCUUUCGGCCUUGUUCUUUGGGAGACUAUCACGCACGCCAAGUCAUUCAUUGAACCUGCUUGGCUCAGCCCUGGAGAAACUGCCUUGGGGUUCCUGGAACGCUCAUUUUACACUAAGGAAAAUGCUAUUUUGGAGCUUGCCACCGAGUCUUUGCGCUCGGAACAAAGGUAUGUAGAAACGGUUGAAAACAAAGACUUUAAGCCGUCUGCUGGCGUGCCUUCAUACCCAUCAAAUCCGACGAACACAGGGCUGAACGGGUACUUUGGUGAAUGGACUCAACUUCGCAAGGGCCUAGACGCUAUAGGCGCACCGCCAGAUUCACAGUCUUUCCAAGUGUUCGAGGCAACGGUCGCCUUGUGCUUACAGGAGAGAAUUUCGCGUCGAGGCAAUAUCCAUCAAAUUGUCGAAGCACUCUCCAAGGGAGUCAAUGGCGAUAUACCUGAGAAUUCCAGAAUGGAGAAAAUACUGCCACUGGAAAUAAAGAUCAACGGGGAAAGUCCUUAUCUGGGGGACCGAUAUGAGAAGGUGCUGGCCCCGACUAUGUUGAUGAGCCCAGUCACUCGAGCCGUAUUCCUCGAUAAGGGUAGUCAUACUUAUAGCAGCUCCAAGAACCUACAGGUCGUUCCUAGAGACGAACCAGCCGAUCCGUUUCGCCAACUGAUCAGGGUCCCAGCUCAAAAAAGAUGCGAAAUUCUAGUUUUGACGCCUCAAGCAUAUCAAUACAAGUCAGAAGACAUGUUCAAAGCAAUUUCACGCAGACAGCCUCCCUGGUACAAUCAGUGUGAAGCAGCUAAACUGAUCCAAAAAGCCAUCAUGACAGAAGAUGAUCCACAAGAAAGGUCUCAGGCCCACCUACAGAUGGCCAUGAUGAGUCAAGUUGGCUACGGAGUUGCGCCAGAUAGCUUGGAAGCUCUGAGUCAUCUCCAGGAAGCAGCCAAAAGCAACAAGGUCGCCCAGGCUAUCUUAUAUCCUGUUAGGGCCGCCUUAAAGCCUGAUCAGAUGGAUACAGAUGUCCCAACAUCUCCUAUCAUGUACAGAAACCUCGACGUCUUUCAUGACGGUGUUGCUUGGAGAGAGGCUGGCAGUAAAGAAGCAGACCAAUUCAUCAAUCUUGGUCCCAUCAGCGUGGAAUCAUUCAAGAAAUUCGAGAUUCUAGUCAAGAAGGGCCGGUUUCAAUCUAAGGAGCUAUGUGAAGCUCUCACAGCUGCUUGCAGAGACGGAAAUCUCGACGCCGCGAUCCUACUUGCGCGACAAUGCGACGACCUUUCUCAUAUGGACUCAAAUAUGCCGAAUGCUUUGCACUGGUUGGUUCUCUUCAGUCAAGCUGAAGCUCUGAGUCUACUUGAGAUCAUGGUCUCUGGUCCAGAACAGACACCUAAGGAGGAUCGUAUGAAAGUGAUACGAUCUCUACUUGCUGCUGAGCAUGGGCAAUUAAAUGUUCUACUUCCCCACAGAUGUAUGGAACUACGAGGGAAUCCACUCCACUGGGCGGUCAUCGCGGGGUACACAAAGCUUGCUGGAGAAUAUCUAAACCUGGGAGCUGAUGUCGAUAAAAGGAACGAGUGGCGGAAAACAAGUCACGAGGACGGCUACACAGAACAUAUUCCAAGCUUAAGCCCGCUUGAUCUCGCUGUGGCAGGUCACUACCCCGACAUGGUAAAGCUUCUUAUCGGCCAUGGCAGUGAGACCUAUGGGGGAGAUUGGCAUUGGACGCAUUCUCCGUUCCACAUGAUUGGAUACAAUAUGAUUCCUUUCGGACGGUAUGUGGCUCACGGUCAGUCUUAUCGGGCUGCUCUGCGGGAAACAAUCAAGAUCCUGUUGCAAGCAGGACUAGAUAUCAAUGGCUUGGACAAUCUCAAACAAACACCACUAUUCUCGGCGGUAAAGAACAUGGAUCUGGAGGAAUACGUUCUUGAGGAACUAAUUCUAGCGGGAGCCUUGCCUGGAGAAGAAUGCGAAAAAAACCAUGGCAAUGCGGUCGUCUGGGCUAUCAUAGACAGUGCUCACCGUCGCCUAUCGUGGAGGAAGAUACCAAUUCUUCUGCCAUUGGUCUCCGAUAUCAACGCGUGCACAGCUGGCGAUAGUGGCCUAAAUGCACUGCACUACUGCGCUGUUUUUGAUGCCGUACCUGUAGCCCAAAUUCUGCUCCAGUUACCAGCGAUUGAUGUGGAGGCAGAAAGCACUUUGGGAGCCACUGCUAUGCACUUCGCGACUCAGAGAGGGUCACUGGGUGUUCUAGAUCUGUUGAUCAAGAGGGGCGCCAAUCUUCACCGGCGAGAACCUUUUGAGGCAGCGAUCUCAGGUGGACAAAUCGACGCCCUCCGGAUGCUACUUGACGCCGGGUCAAAGGCAUGGUGGAAAAGUCGAUCCGGACAGUCUAGGAACAUCCUUGGAUACGCAGUGAGAAUGCAUUCCCAGAGGCCAUCCUAUGUAAGAGCAUGUCUUUCCAGAUGCCCACAGUUACGCGCCGAGGAAGUCAUCAAUAAGGGUGACGAUAAUGGAUGGACGGCCCUUCACUACUGUGCAUACUAUGGAGACCUAGAUGGUGCCCGGGCACUCAUAGACUACGAUGCAGACGUCGAUACGGUUAAUGCGAUGGGUCAUACACCUCUCCAACUUGCAGUCAAAACCUACGAGGAGUUGACAGUAUACCUGAACGGGGUACCGCACUUCACAGACCAUCCACGUAUAUUUAAAGACAUAGAUGGCCUUGAAAGAUGGAGUCAUGACUACGUUGAGAAGGCACAACGUAUCGAGACUGUUCUCAAGGAUUCCUUGUUUGAAGUAAUCAGACUGCUUCAGCAAGCUGAACGAGAGAAGCACCCCGGUAAAGAAGUGAAGGAGGUGAGCCGAGGUCUAGGAAAGGUUCAGACAGAGGUGAUAACGACGCAGAAGGAGGUUAGAAAUCACUACCGUUCUUUAGCAUUUACAAAGGCGCGACUGGAAGGCUACUCUGAGAACUGA